AUGGUGGCAAAAGGGCAACAUGGCAAGGGAAACUUCCGUAACCCCUACAGUCAUGGAAAUGGAUCUGCAUGGGCUCGUAAUUCUCAGGGUGCACGUGCAAAUGCAGCACGAUUGCGUCCUGGUCGUGGUAUGACAGAGUCCAAGGCGUAUGCACUUAAAAAAGGUGACGAAUUGGACCGCAAGUUUGGCUAUUAUUUGCUUCCAGAGUUGCUAGAACAAGAAGAAGAGACACGGAAGGAGCAAACAACGACUGCUAUGGACACAGAAGACCGUGCAAAACUUGGCUGGUUGUUAAACCUGCGUGCUUGUAUGCUGCCUGAUCCAAUCGAAGGCAAGAACGAAGUAAGCGGCUUGGAAUUGUACUUUCUCGAGCAAGAUGGCAAAGCAUUUAAGACGAGAGUUAUCUAUCAGCCUUAUUUUUAUAUAAGACCUGAAGCGAAUCGGUCACAGGAAGUGAUUGCCUAUUGUCUUAGAAGAUUUGAAGGACUUGUGACCAAGACGGAGCGUCUGUUUCGAGAAGAUUUAGACUUUGCUGAUCAUUUAAACGGAAAGAAAGCACUGUAUGUGAAACUAAGUUUUGCUACAGUGACAGAUUUAAUGAUGGUCAAGAGAGAAUUAGCACCACUUAUUGCGAAGAAUCAAGAGAGAUUACAAGUAAGACAAGCUUAUGAGAUUCAAGGACAAUCGAGAGAAAAAGUAACAGAGAAUGACUUGAGUUUUGGAGCUGAUGGAGAUACGAUUAACGGUGCUAUGACCGAUGAGAGUGAAACGUCAUUGCUUGAGUUAAGAGAGUAUGAUGUCUCGUAUCCUAUGCGAGUAGCUAUUGAUUUGGAUAUUCGAGUCGGUGCGUGGUAUCUCGUGGAUUAUAAUCCAACAGCACCAUAUUCACCGUCAGAUGUAAAACGACAGAAGGAUAUGGUGGAUAAAGCGGAACCAGUGGUGUGUGCUUUUGAUAUCGAGUGCACAAAAGCGCCAUUAAAGUUUCCAGAUGCACAGGUGGAUCAGAUCUAUAUGAUCUCAUAUAUGAUUGACAAACAAGGAUAUCUGAUUGUGAAUCGAGACUUUGUGUCGGAGGAUAUUCAGGAUUUCGAGUAUACGCCCAAAGUGGCUUAUCCUGGACCUUUCAUAGUGUUUAAUGAAGAGAACGAAGAAAAGCUACUGAAACGGUUCUUUGAACAUGUGAUUGAAGAGCAACCGCACAUUUUCGUGACUUAUAAUGGUGACUUCUUUGAUUGGCCAUUUAUUGAGACACGUGCACAAGUUUACGGCAUUAACAUGGCGCGCGAAAUUGGUGUUUCUCUAGACGAGCGGACCGGAGAGUACCGUGGACGUUGCAGUGUGCACAUGGAUGCGUUCUGCUGGGUGAAACGCGACUCUUAUCUGCCGCAGGGAAGUCAGGGCUUGAAAGCUGUUACAAAGUACAAGUUGGGGUAUGAUCCAGUUGAAGUCGAUCCAGAAGAUAUGGUUGCAUUGGCACGUGAUGAACCAUUGAAGAUGGCAUCGUAUUCGGUUUCCGAUGCUGUGGCAACAUUUUAUCUUUACGAUAAGUAUGUGCAUCUGUUCGUGUUCUCGUUGUGCACGAUCAUUCCUUUAGGAUCCGAAGACGUGCUUCGAAAAGGUUCCGGAACACUCUGCGAAGCUUUGCUUAUGGUUGAGGCUUUUAAAGGCAACAUUAUUUGCCCUAACAAGCAAAGCUCGAGCCGAGAUGAAAUUUUUUACAAAGGGCACCUUGUCGAAAACGAAACGUACGUCGGUGGCCAUGUAGAGUGUUUAGAAUCGGGUGUUUUCCGUGCAGAUUUCUCGUACGACUUCCAACUGGUACCAGCCGCAUUCCAGCAGUUGAUCGACAAUAUUGACCGAGAUCUCCGGUUCUCGUUGGAGGUUGAAAUGAAUGUCCCACUUGAGCUUGUCACCAAUUAUGAAGAGGUAAGAAAGGAUAUUGUGGACCGCCUUGUUGCACUACGCGAGCGACCAAGCCGAAAGGAACAGCCGCUGAUCUAUCAUUUGGAUGUAGCAGCCAUGUACCCAAACAUCAUUCUUACGAACCGGUUGCAACCGUGCGCAAUCGUAAAUGAGGCGGACUGCGCUGCGUGUACGUUUAAUACUGAGUGCGGCCGAGCAGCCAUCGAGGAGAAAGACGCAUCUUGUCAGCGUGAAAUGGACUGGGUUUGGCGCGGUGAUUUUUAUCCUGCCACACGACCAGAGUACUAUUCGAUCAAGACACAGAUUGAAUACGAAAACUUUUUGCUUGAAAACAAGGGAGGUUCGACCAAUAGCGACCCAGCUAAGAGGAUCAACGGUGCCGGAUCUACCGUGCCAUUUGCUCAACUUCCUGUUGAGAAGCAAGAGCAACUCCUCAAACAGCGAUUCAAGUCCUACUGUUCUAGUGUGUACAAGAAAACAAAGGUGACAGAAGAGCAACAACGGUCUGCAACAGUCUGCAUGCGUGAAAACCCAUUCUACGUCAACACUGUGCGUGCAUUUCGAGACCGUCGCUACGAUUACAAGGGCCUCACGAAGGUUUGGAAGAAAAAGGUAUCUGAAGCCGCCGACGCGAAGGACCUCUUGGCGAAGAUUGAUGCUCAAAAUAAGUGUCUUGUGUACGAUUCCCUUCAGCUUGCACACAAGUGUAUUUUGAACUCUUUCUACGGUUAUGUCAUGCGCAAGGGUGCACGAUGGCACUCAAUGGAGAUGGCCGGUAUCGUGACGCAUACAGGUUCUAACAUCAUCACGGGUGCUCGUGAGCUGGUGGAGCAAAUUGGACGACCACUAGAGCUGGAUACCGACGGUAUUUGGGCGAUCCUUCCUAAAUCGUUCCCUGAAACCUUCUCAUUUAAGCUUAAGGAUGGUGGUUCCAGGAGCAUUUCGUACCCGUGUGUGAUGCUGAAUGCAGAUGUGAACGCCAAAUUCACGAACCCGCAGUAUCACGAGCUUGACCCAGUUACAGGAAAGUACAACUCACACAAGGAGUGCUCAAUUAUGUUCGAAGUGGAUGGCCCGUACAAGGCGAUGGUUCUUCCUGCUUCUACGGAAGAGGGAAAGCUAUUGAAAAAGCGUUAUGCAGUAUUUAACUUUGACCAUUCGCUUGCUGAACUGAAAGGGUUUGAACUCAAGCGACGUGGUGAGCUACAGUUGAUCAAGGCAUUUCAGUCUCAGGUGUUUGAGUGUUUUCUUGACGGCGACAGCCUGGAAGAGUGUUACGCCUCCGUUGCCAAAUGUGCAAAUCGUUGGCUUGAUGUGAUUGAUACUCGAGGCAAGUCGAUGAAUGACGAAGAGUUGAUGGCGUUGAUCACGGAGAACAAAAGCAUGUCCGGCAAGUUGGAUGAGUACGAAGGACAGAAAUCUACAUCUAUCACUACAGCCCGGCGGUUGGGUGAAUUUCUCGGUGAAGAAAUGAUCAAGGACAAGGGUCUGACCUGUAAAAUGAUUAUUGCUGCACGUCCUUAUGGUGAAAAGGUGACGGAGCGGGCUAUUCCCACUGCUAUCUUUGCAACGGAAGACGCUAUCAAACGACAUUUCCUGAAGAAAUGGAUGAAGGACCCGCACCUUCAGGAUUUUGACAUUCGGUCACUUCUUGACUGGGAUUACUACCGCACGCGUUUUGCGUCGACGGUACAGAAGAUUAUUUCGCUUCCAGCUGCUUUUCAGAAUGUGAGGAACCCCGUGCCUCGCAUCGAGCUGCCAGACUGGAUGAGGAAACAAGUACGCGAGAAGAAUGCCACGCAUCAGCAAGGCAAUAUGAAGCAGUUCUUUAAGACUACAACGAAGCGCACUGACAAUGAAGAUUACGUUGCUCAGCUGAUUGACAUGGAGGAUUUGAUGAAAGGAAAUCAGUCUUUGCGACCAGAAAAGCCUAUUCCGCGAAAGCGACCUAAGAAAGCAAGUGACGGUGGCAGUAGCAGCAAUAGUCCAACUGACGAUGAUGAUGCGGAAGAUGUUCCUGCGGUGACAGUAAAGCUCGGAGAAGUGCCAUUUACUAAUUGGCUGAAACAAAGGAAGAAGAAGUGGAAAACAAUGCUUGGAAAGCGAAGAAGCGAAAAGGAUGACCGCUUGCGGAGCUUCAGCGGUGCUGAUGGUUUUGGCAUGGCAAACAGUGCACACGGUAGUACAAAGCGUUUUCAGAGUGGUCAUACUAGUGCACUCGAAGCAAAGGGCAAAGGUGUUGGUAUGGAAAAUUUCGUGUUUGACGCAGGGAGUGCAAUGCAGCGGGAAUAUUGGCAGAUUGUGGAAAUUCAGCAAGAGCAAGGCGGAAGAUUCACUUGUUGGAUUCUUACUGCUCACUCACAGAUGCUUCAGCGCAUUACGCUGAAAUUGCCUCGCGUCUUCUAUAUUACAUGCGAGGAAGCGGAUCACGAAAAUUUGUUGUCCUUGCUGCCAGGCUCACGACGUGUAUCUCGGAUCGUACCUCACUAUUCGUCGAAGCCGCAAUCGGUGUUAGAGGUAAUGCUUAGCGAGCGGCAGUACCAAGAGUAUCAGAAGGAAAUUAGCCAGAUCCUUGGCGAUCCGUGUGUGCGUGGUGUGUACGAGCUGCAAGUGUCGGCCUUAACACGGGCCGUUUGUGCACUAGGCUGCGUGGCCAAAGUUGUCAACCCGCAUAUUUCUGUUACCAACCAAGAAUACGAGUUGAGUGAUCUGCAGUUUCAAUCUACGGCGCAGGCCCCGUAUCUCCUGGAUCAUCGUCGUUCAAUUGCUGCAAAUGGAGUUGCAUCACCGCCGCCAUCCUCGUUGAUGCGACGAGUGCUGCUUUACUUCGCUCAGCAGAAGAAACGCGCCGUAUUGGGUUUGGUCGUGCUGAAAGAGGGCGAUGAUGACAUCACAGCAGCGACCUUAGGUAAUGCUGUCAGCGAGGGUGAUGUGAACGUCUGGUACGUCGACCCAAUCUCCAACGUCAAGUCUCGAGGCUCAGAUUUGAAAGUUUUCUUCGAACAGUUGCUUCAAGAGUCCCAAGAAGAAGGUGGCAUUGCCCCCAUUCAAAGCUGCUCUUUUAAGACGCAUGUUGUGAAGACGGCGCAGGAAGCCUUUUCAGGCGUGAAUGCCACCCUAGCGCGGUUAGCCUCGAACAAGCAGCUCACCCCUAAACCGACGAUCGUAGUCGCACAGACAUGUGUUCCAUCCAGCAAACGACUUCGCGAGAAAAUACAGGGUCUGUAUAGUUUUCCCGUUGCCAUGCUACCGUGGAACGAAGAAGACACUUUAUUUCCAGCUCUCACAUGGCGCAAGCUAAUGGGAGAAAAGAUGCUUACCCGGUGCUUUGAAAUGAUACAGUACUACUCGGAUGUGCUUGACUGUGCACGGUACGCACACUUGCCUGUUGGCAACUUCACGGGAGAUCACUCACUUGCUAUUCUGGACACUCUGUAUUCACGUAUCUUGACAAAACACAAACAUUUAUGGUGGCAUUCGCCAACGUCCCUGCCGGAUCUUGGUGGGAAGGAGCAGGAACAGCAGUUCCAGCAGCUUUUUAGUCAAUCGCUGCUCGGAUCGGCACAGCAGUCACCGCUAAAGAAGAGCGAUACAGCUUUACAACACCGGAUCGACACAUCUGUUGUCGUGUGUAAGAAGGGAUCAUUCGUCGAUGUAUGCGUAGAGCUCGAGCUAGAUGGUCUUGCUAUUAAUGCAAUUCUCGUUGCGUCUCAGAUCCACAGUAUCGAAGGCCUAGGAGUUGCGCACCAGAUGGAGAUCGAUUUUGACGGUAACGGUGAAAGAGAGUCUAGUAAGGGAGUAGGCCCCACCUCUGGAGUAUCGGAAGGUGAUGCCGAGGAGAGCUGCCAUGAAGCGUUCCGGUUGCUCCGUAUUAUGGUGACGACACUCUUUAAGGAUUUUCUGACCAGCCGUAACAAGUUCGCUGAUCACAUGCUGCAGCAGUUCUACCGCUGGCUAUGUUCACCAAAUUCGCUGAGCUUUGACCCGGCGCUGCAAGCAAUGGUAAAGCGACUGAUGGAAAAAUUGUUUUUGCAACUUCUUGCAGAGCUUCGUCGCUUAGGGUCUCAGAUCGUGUACGCUGACUUCAGCAAAAUCAUUGUGUGCACAAAUAAGAAGUCAGUACGUGACGCGCAGACCUAUCUCAACUUUAUCCUACAAACUGUUCUGUCCAACGAACUUUUCCAGGUGCUCAACUUUACUCCAAAGAAGUAUUUCUCGAAUCUACUGUUUUUGGACGCGGAAAACUACGGGUGCAUUUUGUUAAAGAACGUGGUGCCAGCGGGGGGCCAAGAGGAAGACCAAGAGGGAGAGAAUGACCACAAUGUGGAUGGCAGUGACGAGAAGCCUCUGGAGAUUGUGUCUCAUUGGAACAUUGCGAAUUACUUGCCCCGCGGAGUUGACGAAUACUUUCUUAUCUUGGUGGGUCAAUUCAUCCGUCGGCGAGCAGAUUUUCAGCACCGUGAGCGUAGUAGACGACAUGCAAGAGGUGGUGAUUUGAAGCCUGACGCUGCUGAAGACGCAGGCGAGCAGCCUCUAGAUGAAGAUGAGAAGCAAUUGUCCCCACUCGCCAAGUACUCACAACGACUUGUGUCGUCGUAUUUCUCGGAGAAACUGCUGCGUUUGGUUCCGGAAAUAUUAACGUACAACAUGGACCGAGACAGCUUUCCCGUGUUUGCUGGAUCGCAUCUUGUCAUGGAAUCACCCGCGUUGGAGCUAGUAAAAUUUGUUACUUCAGUUUUUUUGCUGGAGCCGAGCGUAGAGACCCAAGUUGGCAAGAUGAGACGCACUCUGCUGAAGUUGCUGCGCAUGAGCGAAUUUGUUGAUGAGACGCAGUUUCGCAACCCGUCACUGUCAUUUACAGUACAAGAUGUCAUCUGUCUCUCGUGCAACUUGUGUCGGUCCAUUGAUUUGUGCCGCGACCCUCAGCUCUUUAAGGGUAGUGCGUCGCGCUCAGAUGACGAUGUCCAAGGUGAAGAACAUGGAGAGGAUGCGGAGGCUUCGUCCGCUUGGCACUGCCCUCGAUGUUUCGCGUUGUACGACAUGACCGCAUUUGAAAUGCGACUCGUGGAGAUGACACAGGCGCAGUCGGUGGCGUAUCAACUGCAGGAUUUGUAUUGCCGCAAGUGUCACUUGCCAGCUGAGCACAAAAUGCGUGAGUAUUGCCCAUGCUCAGGCACGUAUGCGUUGAUGCCUGGGGUGCAUGAAUCGCUGAUGGAGACGCUACGUCUGCUGAUGCGUAUCGCGCAGCAACACAACUUUGCGUGGCUCUUAGAGACUGUUCAGCGUCUGAAGCGUGAGGCUGCUCAGCCACUGCUCAUGUAG